GUCAGUAAAGGUGUUUUACAGGUUAAUGAGCCAUCAGUGUUUUUACUACACACGCCUGAGGACUAGUCGGAACUCGAACUCAUUUCUGCUGACGGAACGUUUGAGAGGAAAUCGACUUAAAAAUAGCUCCGAUGUGAAAUCACGGAAUUGCUGAGGCUUUUGAUCCUUUUUACCAAAUGUGGGGAAGCUGAGGUUUAAUUCGUUUAGUUCUGGCAGCCGGUCCCUGAGGAGGAAGUCCAACCUGAUCGUCAAUCACCCUUCAAAGGCCUGAGCCAUGCUGAGGAAUGGUGCGUUCACGGCCCUGAUUCUCAUCAUCUGCGGGCUUUUUUCUGACGCCGUUCCGCCUCCGUCAAAUGUGAUGGUGAAAUGCGAAAACCUGAAUAUCACAGUUAGCUGGGAUUACAGUGAACAUCAGCCUCAAACCAUUUUCAUGGUAAACGUCACUGGAUCUAGAGUUGCAGGGUCUUUUGAAGCGAGCACAGCAGACCACAAGUACGACCUCAGCCGGUUUGUGUUGGGCUCUCAGGAACGCUACCUGUCUUACCUGGUUGUUUUUGUAAAAGCCGUCCAAGGAGGCGAACAGUCAGAAGCCGUAAAGUCAAAGUCCUUCUCCUUCAACCAGUUACAAACAGUUGAUAUCAAAUGUUUGUUGGAUUUUCCUCCUGUGACGGUUCACAAGGCUGAAGAUGGGGCUUCUGUGAAGUUUGCAAAUCCCCUCCGUUUCUACGACGAAUUGAAGAGCAUUGUCACGCCAAACAGCAACGCUGCUGUCCGUUUCAGAGUUUACCCAUCUGAAUUUAUCGGGUCAUGCGGUGUGUCGGAUUUAACCUGCAAACUCGACGUGAAGCUCUCUGCGGAGGAGUGCGUCACCUUGAAGGGCGACCUGUGUUUUCACCAGUGUGUUGACCAAAUAGCGUUCAAAGAGACGAAGAAAUACUGCUCUGAAAAACAGGAAACUUACGGACUGGUAAUGUUUGCCAUCAUACUGGGGACCAUUUUUCUCAUCAUAAUCAUCGUCGCUGUAGUCGUCAUCUGUAAGGUGGAGGCCUGGACCGUGAAGAUACUCGUGCCAAACAUCCAGGUGAAUUCGCAAGGAAACGGCGAACAGCGGAGUUUCUUUAUCCCGAACCCAGAGCCAAAGAACAGUCGAGUCUCCAUCGCCUCUCCGCCCGUCGAGACGACGUCACUCGUCUCAGAGGACCAGAACUUCUGUGAGCAACCGGAACCGAACAACGGCGACGGCGGUGAUUACGACUGUCGGGGCGAAGAAAACUACGCGGGUGGAGGCUGUUUGGAGGACAGCAACCCGAACCUGGACACGGAGGGUUUUGUGUCGGGGGCAAACGGGACGGACGACGACUCUCCAGACGGCUCCGUGAAGACGGAGUGCAUUUCCAUAUCUUCCACGGAGGAGGAGAGAUCGCCGUAUGACCGGCCACAUGUGUACUUCCAGAGGGAACUGGGCGACGGAGAGCCGGUCACUGGUUAUGGUGGGAACUGACAGGAACAGCUUCUGGGAUUCUUUCCUUUUUGGUUGGUGGUUAACAGCGAGUCUCACAUGGACCUCAGGGAACAUAAAGGGACACCGAUGUUUGGGACGUCUAUGCACUCUUAAAAGUGACAGGAAGGAAAUCCAUUUUUACAUCCAUGACCUCACGGUGGAGACGCAUUAGUCUGGUGACGCCGCCUUUCCAGAUGCUUCCUGAAGCAUUUUAACAGGUGCAGUAGAUGCUAAAGCAGCACUAUGCAGCUUUUUAUUUAAAAAACUUGACAUAUUUGUCUUGACAGUAUAGUAUGAGGCAGAUCAUCUACGUAAAAAAAACCAAAAUGAGCUUCUCUACCUUCCCACAGUGCCUACUAGAAACAGCCAAUCAGAGCUAGGAGGCGGGUCUUAGUGCUGUCAAUCAUGGCUGUGUGCAGUAAAGCCUGUUGUGAAUGCUAAAGCUCGUUGGCAUGGGAAGCAAUGACUUUGGAUGACCAGUUUUCCUGUAACAGUGAGUCAUUUCUCUGCCAUUAACACGGGGAUGAUUGACAGCGCGAAAGCCGCCCUCCUGGCUCUGAUUGGUUAUUUUUGAUAAGGCGUUGUAAAUCUUUUCAGUGAUUCUCUCACAUGCUGACAGUUUUAAUAUGUAAAAAAAACAUUUUGUAAAAGUUACUUACUGCAGCUGUGAAGUAUCCUCAGGGAUUUUUCUGAUUAGAGGCGGCACAUGGCCAAAGGCUUUGACUGUUUGUGCUGAUUAAUCUGCCAAAAGUUAAACUUUAAUCUCGUUUAAUGUUUUAUUGCCUGAUCAAUCUAGACGACAGUCAGCAUGUGAAACAGUCGCACCCAAGAUGACUGAGAUGGAAACUAUUCGACUUGUAAAACUGGCUUCAGAAGUUUUUUAUAGAAGUUUACGUCACUGAAGGAUUGUUUCUCUUUUUUCCAGAGCUGCUAUCUUAUUUAGUAUUUUAAUAAAUGUUUGAAUGUUAAUUUGAUCUUCACUGCACUCAUAGUGACUGCAGUUUCCUGCUGUUGUAGAACAGGUUUUCUUCCGUCCUUGUUUGCAUGAGAUGGAGGAAGGUCAACAUGUGGCUCAACCAGAAUCUCCCUGCUCUGAAGCAGGUCGAAACAUUUUAGAUCUUAUAAAUGACUUCAUGAAGAAUUGGUGACUUUUGUGAUUUUAUGUAUUCAUAUUUGCUCAAAUUUUGUAUAUUAUCGUCACCAAUUUUUGCAUCGUUGGUCUCUUUUUGUUGGGUUGGAAUCCUUUAACCUCCAUAUUGUCAGAUUUAUAACAAGCUGCCAAAAUUGAUUCUUUUAUUGCCCACAAUAAAGUCUGUGUAUAUUUUUA